AUGAAGAACAUUGUUAAGGAGUUGUUUAAAGGGUAUAUGGAUCCCUUAAGUAGAACACUAAAAGAAGAUAAGGGUGAACUGAAAAAGUCAGGGCAGUACAUGUCUGACGGGUUUGAUAAACAAUUAAAUGCAAUAAAUAAUAUUCUAAGAGAAAUAAAGCAGUUAAAAGAAGAAAACAAUUUCCUGAAGCAGGAAGUGGAAAUGCUGGAGAAUAGACUAAACAACACUGAGCAAAAGGAAAGUGUAAAAAACUUAGUGGUUACUGGGAUUAAAAAAACAAGAAAUAACAGUUCAAAAAAUCAUUACGAAACUUAA